AUGCAGCUUAGCUCGUUUAAACAAACCGAACCACGCGUAUGAUGAGGAUAAUCCCUCAUCGUUGAGGAGGAGAUUCAAUUAGAUUCCAUUUCGAAUUGGGGCGAGCUUUCUCUGCGAUCAGCGAUUCUCUGCGAGGUCAAUCAAUCGAAUUUCAGGCUUCCUAUCUUCCUAGUUCAAGAUGCCGGCUACAGCAGGUAGGGUUCGCAUGCCUGCGAACAACAGGGUGCACAGUAGUGCAGCCCUGCAGACCCAUGGUAUAUGGCAGAGUGCUAUCGGGUAUGACCCUUAUGCACCCAACAAGGAUGACGCGAAGAGCUCAGCACAGAACAAUAUUGCCAGUGCCGAGCCCGAGGGUGAGAAUGCUUACGCAAGCUUCCAGGGCCUCCUUGCCCUUGCCCGUAUCACUGGCUCAAAUGCUGACGAAGCUCGUGGUGCUUGCAAGAAGUGUGGCCGUGUUGGGCACUUGACCUUUCAGUGUAGAAACUUCUUGAGCGCUAAGGAUGACAACAAGGAGAAAGAACUGGAGGCAGCACAGGCCGGGGCCAUGUCCUUGCCACUUUUGGACAAACUGAAGGGGAGUGGCAACAAGUUGAAUGGCAAGGGUGCGGCUGAGAGUGAGGAUGAGAGUGAAGAUGAAGAGGAAGAGAGCGAGACUUCUGACUCAGAUGUGGAUUCGGAGAUUGAGAGGAUAAUUGCCAAAAGAUCUGGGAAGAAGUUGCCUAGCAAGGGAAGCUCAUCAAGGAAGAAGAAGGAUCGCUCAGAGGAUGAUGACUCUGAUUCCGAUUCUGGAGAGAGGAAGAAGAGGGGGAGGUCCAAGAAGAGGAAGAGUGGGAAGAGGCGGGGUAGCCUCUCUGAGGAUGAUGAUGAGGGCAGGAGAAGGAAAAGGAGAGAGAAGAGGAGGAAGAGGGAUGACUCCUCUGAUGAUGAAGAGGAUGAUCAUAGGUCAAGGCACAGGAAGAGCAGGAGGGAUAAGAGGAGAAGGAAGAGCCGCCGAUAUUCAGAUGAUUCUGAUGAAUCAAGUGAUUCUGGAAGAAGGCAUAGACGGAAGAGCAGGAGGGCUUCCACUCCAUCCAAUUCAGAGGCAAGUGGAUCAGAUGACUCACGAAUUGGUAGGGGUUCUAAGCGAUCAGUGAAGAGCAGCCGAAGGCAUCGCCACAGAGGGGAUGAGUCAAGUUAAAAGAGGAUGCUGGUGUUCCUCCGAAGAGAUGUGAAGUCGAUGCGAUGCAGAUGGGGAAAAUCCCUUAUAAAUGGUUUCGGUCCAAGAAAAUUUUCAUUAUGAAUUUUCAAGCUCUUGGAUUUGCUGUACCUUUCGGUUGAUGCAUGAAUUGGAACCAAGAAUUGGGAUACCUUCGAGUGAACUUGACUGGAAGAUUUGCUGAUGGAAUUAAGUAAGAAUGUGUAAAAUUGUUCUUUGUUAACGGGUUGUCGAUCUGCCUGGUUUGUGGGCAACUGGAUCAACGGCUCAGGAAUCUCUGUUUGUCAACAGACAUGAUAUGUAAGACAUUUGUAUGCAUUUAGUUUGUGUAUUUUGCAUUACUGUGCGACCUCA